GAAGCGGAAGGGCGGAUGACGGGCAGGCCGUUGGACCAAUCACAAGGAGGGGCGGUGGGCCGAUCGGCGGGGCGGGGCCGCGGCUUCGACGGGAGUUUCCCUGGGCCUAUCAGAGCCACCAGUGCUGUGAGCGGGAUCUGUCGGGUGUGGGCGGGGCCCGUCAGGUGUGGGCGGGGUCUGUCGCCGCGGUGCCGGACGCGCUCUGAUGCCGUGACCUGCAGGGAGAAGAAGUGGGUGACGGUGGGUGACACUUCGCUGCGGAUCUUCAAAUGGGUGCCGGUGGCUGACAGCAAGGAGAAAGAGAAAUCCAAAUCGAGUGGCGGCGUUGCACGGGAGCCCAAUGGUUUCCCUGCUGACUCGGCUGCCAACUCCUCGCUGCUCCUUGAGUUCCAAGGUGCUGUUUCUGCAGAUGAGAACAGCAACCAGAGCUCCCUGUCAGAUGUCUACCAGCUCAAGGUGGACAGCAGCCCCAACUCCAGCCCCAGUCCCCAGCAGAGUGAGUCCAUGAGUCCUGCCCACACAUCUGACUUCCGCACGGAUGACUCACAGCCACCCACACUGGGGCAGGAGACUCUGGAAGAGCCCUCUCUGCCUUCCUCAGAAGUUGCUGAUGAGCCUCCCACUCUUACAAAAGAAGAGCCGGUCCCCCUUGAGACUCAGGUAACUGAAGAGGAGGAGGACUCUGGCGCACCGCCUCUGAAGAGAUUUUGUGCCGAUCAGAACUCUGUGUGCCACACAGCCUCGGAGAGCUAGCCUGCCCACCCCCGGGGAGAGCCUUCGCCAGACCCUCGCAGAGCUGCCUGCCCUUCCCUGGGGAAUGGGGUGCUUCCCCGGCCUGCCCUUCCCAAGGGACAGGGCACUCCUGCUGCCUCGCCAUCCAGCCUGCCCUGCCCUCAGGGGUAGGAGCCUCCCACCAGCCCCUGCAGAGGCAGCCUGCAAGUGAUUUGCUCAGCUGAAUGGGGCUGCCACCAGUACCUGCAAAUUUGCCUCUAUUUAUUGGCUCCCACUCUCCCUGCUGAUCUGUGCUGUAGUGGCAUGGGGUCUCUGGUGCGUGGUCUGCAUGCACAGGGGGAGGGAUCCUUGGGAUGCCCCGCUCUCCAUCACCCCUAAAGUACUGGCAGAUGCUGUUUGCCUGCUUCUGGAUCCACUGUCCACUCUGUCCCGUGUGCUGGGAACACAAGAGCCAUGUCCCACCUGCAGAAAGUGAUGUGUCUGCUCCCUUGUGACCAUAGUCUGGGGCGUUCCUGCUGUAGGUGCGAAGGGCAGAGGAGGGAGGGGGGGGAGCACCCUGAGAAUGGAGACAACGGCCCUCCAUGCCGCUGGGACCGUGCAAUAAGCUGCUACUAAGCCAUUAGUAUUGGAAGAGAGAGGAGCACUGCCAUUUUGGAGGGCAGGUACUGAACACAUCGGCUGUGCCUGCCGCUUCUCUGCCUCCAGGCCCUCACAGAAGCCUCUGCCCUCACAGCACGGGCAGGGGCUGGAGUGAUGGGCUGGGAGGGAGCGGGGCUGCCGGCACUGCCGUGUCCCAGCUGGGCCUGCACCCUGCUCCUCUCCUGCCCACCUCUCUCCCUAGGUGCGCCCCGUCCCCUCUGGACAGGACACAGGAGGGUGCAGGACCCCCCACAGA